AUGAUCCGAACCAAUGGUUAUAUAAGUUAUACUGUGUCACCUACAAUUCAAAAGGACCAACUGGCAAAUCCACUUCCAGUAAUAACAAGAACUCCAAGUGUGCCAUCGCCGAAAACAUUAAAAGCAACACCACGAGAUCCAAAUCCAAAACCGCGAGGUCUAAGGGUUACAUUCAACAUACCAGAUUCAGGAUUAUCUAAUUCGUUGUCCAACGUUCGAUUAUUAUCAAAAUGUGUCAAGAAUAUGUCGAUCAAAAAUGAACCUGAUCAGAAACAAGUCAGUCGAUUUUACCAUAAACAGACAUACUUCCACGAACUUUAG